GUCCACUGGCGCACAUAUAAACCCGGUCAUCCAAUGUCUCAAUCUUCAGAAAUCAUCUUCAGUCACAGCGCGAUUUCUCAAAGGGCUCAUUAGCAAUGGCUCGUCUUUUGAAGGCCGUUACUGUUUGUGCGUUGGCGGGCAUCGCUCAUGCCUUCAACUAUGACCAGCCUUACCGUGGUCAAUACCAUUUUUCACCCCAGAAGAACUGGAUGAAUGAUCCCAAUGGGCUUUUGUAUCAUAAUGGAACCUACCAUCUAUUCUUCCAGUACAAUCCUGGUGGUAUCGAGUGGGGCAACAUAUCAUGGGGGCAUGCUACCAGUGAGGAUCUCACCCACUGGGAGGAGCAGCCCGUUGCCCUUCUGGCCCGAGGAUACGGCAGCGAUGUCACCGAGAUGUACUUCAGCGGAAGUGCUGUUGCCGAUGUCAAUAACACCAGUGGCUUCGGAAAGGACGGCAAGACGCCUCUAGUUGCCAUGUAUACUUCCUAUUACCCCGUUGCGCAGACAUUGCCGAGUGGCCAAACCGUCCAAGAGGACCAGCAAUCACAAUCCAUCGCCUACAGUCUUGAUGACGGUCUAACAUGGACGACAUACGAUGCCGCCAACCCAGUCAUCCCCAACCCUCCCCAGCCCUACCAAGCUCAAUACCAGAACUUCCGAGACCCCUUUGUGUUCUGGCACGACGAGUCCCAUAAAUGGGUUGUCGUUACAAACUGGAAGCUAGUGAGCGAAUUCGGUCCUUACAACGCGCAAGGCGGCGUAUGGGAGUGCCCCGGACUUUUCAAGCUACCCCUUGACGGGGGAAGCUCAACAAAAUGGGUUAUCACGAGCGGACUGAACCCCGGUGGUCCUCCAGGCACCGUCGGCUCUGGAACCCAGUACUUUGUGGGCGAGUUCGACGGAACCACAUUCACACCUGACGCCGAUACGGUAUACCCGGGUAACUCAACCGCCAACUGGAUGGACUGGGGCCCGGACUUCUAUGCCGCGGCUGGCUACAACGGCCUCUCAAUUAAAGACCACGUCCAUAUCGGCUGGAUGAACAACUGGCAGUAUGGUGCGAACAUCCCCACCUACCCCUGGCGCAGCGCCAUGGCCAUUCCUCGCCACCUGGCUCUGAAGACCAUCAACAACAAAACGACGCUAGUCCAGCAGCCCCAGGAAGCGUGGUCUUCCAUCUCGAGCAAGCAUCCGCUCUAUUCGCGCACCUACAGUACCUUCUCUGAAGGUUCCACCAACGCAAGCACGACUGGAGAAACGUUCAGGGUAGAUCUGAGCUUCUCUGCUACGUCGAAGGCCUCAACAUUUGCAAUCGCCCUCCGAGCCUCCGCCAACUUCACCGAGCAGACCCUUGCUGGCUACGACUUCGCCAAGCAGCAAAUCUUCCUCGACCGGACCAAGUCAGGGGAUGUGUCAUUUGAUAACACCUUCGCGAGCGUCUAUCAUGGACCCUUGGUGCCGGAUAGCACUGGCAUGGUGAGGUUGAGUAUCUUCGUCGACAGGUCCAGCGUCGAGGUAUUCGGAGGCCAAGGUGAGACGACUUUGACGGCUCAGAUCUUUCCUAGCAAUGAUGCGGUUCACGCCCGCCUGGUGUCUACUGGUGGAGCUACUGAGGACGUCCGCGUUGAUGUUCACAAUAUUACUUCGACGUGGAAUUAACGUCUUGUUCCUACAUGUGGUAGCAUCUUGUGUCUGUUGGUUUUACUAUUUGAGGUUAAGCGGUAGAUAUACUCUAAAUCGAAUUGAUAUUUCUUCCACAUGGUCAUUGAAUAAACUAGUUACCUUGCAUCAAGGUACCGGUGGCCAUGACGUCAGCCGCAAUCCCAUAU